AACAAAUUAGACGGACACGCUGUCAAAACAAAAACGCAUCCAGCGACGAGCGCGUAGAAAGUGUGUUUUAGGAAAUUCAAUUGUGCUUAAUUAUAUCUAUUUUAUAAGCAAUACACCUCAGGACCACCAUUUGAAAAGCUAUGGGGACGAAGCGCAAGGCCGAAGACGAGAUCCUUGAGAUUCCCAGCGAUGACGACGAUGGCAGCGACAGCGACGUUCAGAUACAGGAAAAGCCAAUCCCGAUCGUCACCGUUGACGACGAUGACGACUCUUCGACAACGGCUCCCUCACAUUCCACUCCAGUGCGGCAGCCAUCGCCUGCUUGUGGCGGGAAAGCGUUGGAUAGUUCACUUGGUACGCCUCCGCCCCCACCGGACAUAUCCAGCAAUCGCUCUAUGUCAGAGGAAAAGCAAACCAUGACGGAAGAAAAAAUGGCUUCUGAAAAUUUGCUGCUGAGUAUGAAGUUCCGGGACCAGGAAUUGUUCCACAUGUUUAAAGGAUCCCUGUCCGAAUAUCUGCGAACAACGUUCCAGCUUAAGAUGGGUGGCGAGGAAGUGGAUGUCGUUCAACAAGUUGAUCAGUUCUCCAUUCAAGUGCUGUCUAAAAGCCUAGGUCGGAUAACUACGGCAGCAAUCCUUCCAGCAGCAGAAAAUUCCGAACCAGUGCAAAACAGCAAUGAGGUCCUCUUACCGGGCAAGGAAUGUUCAAAUGUGAAACAUAGUGAUGCAGUGGAUGACGCCGGAAUGUUCGUCAUAGACUCGACCCCGGCCAAAACGGCCAAGGGCGGACCCAUCAUUCCCAGCUACAAGAAAGCCCUGCAUAAAGUGCUGGACAAUUCCCCUUCGGCUGCGGCAUCGGCGGACAGUGCCACCAAGAGGCCAAAACCGAAGCAGAACUGCUGGAACUGCGAUGGGGACCACAGUCUGAAGGACUGUAAGCAACCUCGUAAUUUUGUCAAAAUUGACAAAAUGAAACAAGCAUUUAUGAAGACCAAGGACCGGUAUCAUGUGGAUUUGGAGCAAAAAUACGGCCACAUAGUGCCCGGUCGGAUGACACAUGAGCUGCGGCAAGCCCUCGGACUAAGAAAGCGAGAUCUUCCGGUGCACAUUUACCGUAUGCGAUUGUUUGGUUAUCCUCCCGGUUGGCUGGAGGAUGCCAAAAUUACCCACUCUGGUCUGCAGCUGUUCAAUUCGAAUGGAGAUCCCGUACUGGAGUCGGAUGAAAGCGACGGCGAAGUGGACAAUGUCAAAACCAUCAAGUAUGAUGUUCGAAAGAUAAUAAGUUUCCCCGGAUUCAAUGUAGAUUCCGGUGAGGCAUACAUUGACAAUUCAAAAUUCUACGGCGUUCCACCGCGGAUGGGACAUCAAAGCCGAGACGAAAUGAUUCGGAAUCUUGAAGGGACUUUGGUUCAAGGAUAUCGAAGAAAAAAACUUCGACUGGAUUCCGUAGCCCAAGUGGACAUCGAUCGCGAUCCAGCGGACAUGGAUCUGGACAAUCCGGACGAAAGUUUCAUUACCGUGGAUUCGGUGGGUGAUUGCGAUAAAUUGGAGGGCCUGGUUACUGCCAGUCAGUGCAGCUCACUACCGUCGUACAAUGGAAAUAUUGUUGGCCCUCCGGCGAUGGACGCCGAUGAACCGGAAGAGGGUGAAGUGGAUGAAACAGAAGAGCCACAGAACGGGUCAAAUCAAAACGAGGAUGAAGCAGAGGUCGGAAAGAACGAAAGUACAAACGAUGACAGUUUGAUUCUGGUGGAAGAGGAAGCGGAAGUAAUUUGUUUGGAUGAUACUCGCGCAGAUUCGCCAUCCCUAGACGAUUUGCGAAGAAAACAAACAGAGCUCUUGAAACAAUUAGAAGCUCAGAGUCCUUGCAUCCCAAAUCCCCCGGAUACGGCAAAUGACGAUUCUCUGCUGGAAGACGUAUUGGAGGUCGAAAAGUUGGCAGAAGAGCAUGCAUCGAACGAAGCCUCAUCACAAGCAGCCGACAGUGCUGUGCGGGAAUCACCUCGAUCCUUGUUUCCGAUAUCGGUUGGUAUUAUGGGUCCUCCGCCACUACCGGUGGCUCCACCACCUCCCGCAGAUGAACCCAGCACCGAGCGUCCACCGGAGCCCGAAUUCCUCAAUCUGGAUGAAAUCAAGAUGACCAAAGUCCCGUUCAUCGACGAUCCCGCCUCGAUGGGACUGAAAAAGAUGUCCCUGGGUACGCCCAUCCUGACGCCGUUCACACCGUUCAAUACGCUGCCCUGUGGAGAAGCCUUUUCGAAAGGCGUUAGCGAUGUGAUCAAUUUUGAAAAUCUGCCCAACUCCACCGGUAAGUACGAACGGAUGAAAUCCCUCCUGUCGAAGGUACGCAACGUAAUUACGGCACAUAAUGGCGAAAUGGACGACGAUAGCAGAUAGCCAGAGGAGGAUCGCGGCGAGCUGAGUGAAGAAGGUGAAAUUGAGUAAUUGUGUAUGAGAGAGUGCGGAUUUUUUGGGGUAAUAAACAGAGAUUAGCAUGUUUGAAAGAAUGUCAAGCCCUUAAAUCUAGAAUAGGAUUUUAAUCGACUUUCUAUUGUACUUCACAAUCUUAGAAAUUAGAGACGAAGUAUAGAAAUAUAAUAUAAUAUAAGAACUACAACAAUAAAAUGUAAAAUUUUAUGUCGACUAAAA